AUGGAGCGGUUCGCCACGCUUCGAGCAAUAGUAUUCUGGACGGUCCUUCUCUUCCUAGGCCUCGUCACAUCCAUUUCCCCCAUAUCCAUCAAAGGGUCCAAAUUGUACGAUGAAAAUGGGACCCAAUUCUUCGUCAAAGGAGUUCAAUACGUAGGCAACAGCUCUUUAUAUGAUCCUCUCCUUGACAGAAAGAAAUGCGAAAUCGACGCGAAGUUCAUGAAGAGACUGGGGGUAAAUACAAUUCGUGUAUUGGGAGCAGAUUCGACAAAGAAGCACAACGACUGCAUGGAUACCUUUGCUCGAGAAGGCAUCUACAUUUGGCUCGAAUUGGCUAUUGUCCCAGACUAUUGGAUCGACAGACUUGAACCAAAAUGGACAAUGCCAAUGUACAACAAUUGGACUUCGACUGUCGAUGAAUUUGCAGGCUACGAUAACCUGCUCGCUUUCACAGUUGCUAGCGCGACGAUGGAUAAUACCACCGAGGGAAGUCUCUCGGCCCCAUAUGUAAAGGCAGCAACAAGAGAUAUCAAAGCCUUUCGAAACGCCAGAGGUUACCGUCAGAUACCGAUUUCGUACGCUUCGUUCGACGACCAACCACAACUCUCAUUCUCUGGGGGAUAUCUCGCUUGCGGUGACGACGAAGACACAAUUGAGAUGCUGGGGGUGGAAUCCUACGCGUUAUGUGAGAAAACAACUAUGAAAUUGGGCUUGAGCAGUAUACACAGGUCAUUCCAACACUAUAACAUGCCUAUAAUCUUUACGAGCGCAGGGUGUAUCGAGGAUGCAGAAGGAAAGCGCGAUUUUAGCGAUGUUUCCGCUAUAUUCAAUUCGUCGUUUCAGGAUACAUUCUCUGGUGCCAUUAUAUAUCAAUGGGGUCAGUAUGGAGCUGACAACUGGGGCCUUGUGGAAUACUUUAACGCAGCGCAAACGGGAACUCCCACCGCCCUGAGUGAUUAUCUGGCCGUAGAGUCCAUGCUCUCUACUAUCAAUCCGACGGGGACUGCCAUGUUCUCAUACCAGCCAACAGAAACCGCGCCCGCAUGCCCUACGUCAAACUCAGCCUCAGCAUGGGUAGUCAACCCAAGUCAGUCUUUGCCAACGAUUGCUGGGCUGAAUAUCAAAACCGUCACACGCCGCACGACCAUCCUCAGCUCAACAGUCGAAAGCUCAACGACCCAAACCUCGGCUACAGAGCCAGCAUCGGAAACUUCUUCAGUUGGCUCUGUGUCCAGUCCACCCAACGACGAGGCCCGGGCUGGGUCCAGCAUGUCGCGUGGCAGCUUGAUAGGAGCCAUCGUGGGCUCUGUUAUAGGAGGUUUGGCUUUGAUCGUAUUUGCUGCCUGGUUCUUCAUUCACAAACGAGAAGCAAAAACCUCUCCGCAACCGGAUGAAGGAAAUGAUUCCGAGAAGACGAUCAAAACAGAGUUGGCAGGGUUGCCGGUGGCACCACGGCACGAACUCCCAGGCAUACGUCAAAAUGACAGCUAUUUUGACCCAGCGUCAACCGUUAGUUAUUUGCCUCCUUAUGACUUACCCCAUGAAGUGGGAGAGCUUUCUUCGACGGGUAUUUCCGAGGCGCUUUCGACACCUGUCCAUGAAAUGCCUCCAGAUGAAUUAUCUCCUAGAACACGGGGAGUGGAAGGGUUCGCUCCAGUGGUUAUCCCUCAGGCACAGUCAGCAACAGUUCAUGAAAUGCCAGACUCGAAUCGGGUCUCAGCAUACAUUGGUCGAGCAACAUAA